AUGGCACUUUUCGAACAAACACCUUCUCGUAGUGGUUCACGUUUUGGAAAAUUGUCAUCAAAUAUGUUCUUUACUCGAAAUACAGCUAAACCAAAACGAGUACGACAUAUUGAAGGACUGAAUGGUGCAUUGAUUUGUAGUGUUAAUGAUGAUCCGUCCGUUGUUCGUUCAACAUCUGCUACUUCACUUGGUUUUAGUAGACCCAUUUUACCUUUAUUUGAAACUCCACGUCGUGCUGAACGAUUAGUUCCUCCCAUGGGUUUUUGGAAUACGUAUGGCGUUAUUCAAGAUACAGAACGUUGGCGACAAGAAUUGGCUUCUUUAGCAAGUGCUAGUGGACUUGGAAUUGAGAAAGAUGAACAUAAACAUUAUAAUAGACCAGCAACCAUAACUGAUCAACAGCAUGCUUCACGUUCUGGUGCACGUUAUUCAGCUCGAACAGGUCGUUUUAAUGAAGGAACUGCAAAAUCACGAGGACGUACAGGUUCUAAACAUGCUACACCAUAUUCAGAUAUGUUAUUUAAUGUACCUGAACAUGAAAGAGAAAUGUGGAUGUUACAAGUACUCUGUCAACUUCUUGGUACAAGUAAUUUGGAAGAUGUUCAAUCAUGGCUUGUUUCAGCUUCACAAACUGAAAAAGAACAAGCUCGUACAAUGAUUAAUUCUGCACUUCGAGGGUUAAAAGAAUCCGAACGUACAUCAAAUGAACCAGAACAAUCGGCUGACCUUAAUGCAUUAUCAAAUUUUGUUGAAAAACAAAAAAAUGAAGAAAAACAAGCAUCACAAAAAUACAUGAGAGAAUCUCUUAAUCAUCCUUUAUCGACAUUACAAUCAAUCAAUGAAGAACAAAAAAAUGAUAAUCAUUUAGGUGAUUCAUGGACUAAUUUAAUAAAUAAUAAUAAUUCGAAUUCAUCACCACAAAAUACAUCAACAUAUAAACGUUCUUAUCAAAAUUAUAAUCGACGUUCAUAUUCGUCAUUUGAUGGAGGACCAUCAAAUGAUAAAAAUAAUUCAUUUAAUGAAAAUAAUCAAAAUCAACAAGAAGAUGAAAAUAAUGAACAAAUUGAUACAAUACAACUUGAUGAUCAUCAUCAACGAUCUCGAUCAAUAUCAGUGGCAAAAACGAGAAAACAAUCAAAACAAUUGCAAACACCAUUAGGACGAUCAUCAUCAAGUCAUCAACAAAAACAUCGUGUUGAAUCACUUCAAUUCAAUGAUGAUGAUGAUAUUAAUAAUGAUAAUAAAAAAAACAUAAAUGAAUAUGAAUAUGAAAAUGAUGAACAACAACGAAAAGAAAUAAUACUUCCUCCAAUUAAAAUAAAAGAAUCAUUGAAUCAAGAUGAUAAUGCAAAAUUACAUAAAAUUCGUGAAUUAAAAAAUAAAUUAUCACGUCAAGAAGAAGAAUCUAAAAAACAAAUUAAUGAAUUACAAUCAAAACAAGCACGUCUUGAAAAUGCCCUUAAAUUACUUACUAAACAAACAUCAUCCCAAGGUAAACGUCAUCAACAAACUCAUGAAAAUAUUGAAAAUCUUGAUGUACCUGCCACUAAUGUUAUGAUUGAAUCACAAAACGAAAAUGAUCGUCGUUAUCAUGGCAGACAACAAGAAAUAAAUUCAUCAGAUAAUCGACCAAGUAAAUCGUAUUCUGGUGUAUGGAAACCUGAUGCAUCAACACUUCAUCGUCUCCAAGGAAAUUAA